CUCUAUGGUCUGAUCACUUCUUUGAAAUCAAUAUGGCAGUUCACAGCUUACAUCACUCUAACAUGAUAUUCUGCUUCUCUGCGUUUUUGCUUUUGUUUCGUGGAGCCUCUGCCCAGUUAUCCUCGAAUUACUAUGCAACAAAAUGCCCGAGAGCUCUAUCUACAAUUAGAACUGCAGUUAACAAUGCAGUGGUCAAGGAGCAUCGCAUGGGGGCUUCUUUACUUCGCCUUCAUUUCCAUGACUGUUUUGUCAAUGGAUGUGAUGCAUCUGUUCUAUUAGAUGACACUUCAAGUUUCACUGGGGAGAAGACAGCCGGCCCAAAUGCAGAUUCUUUAAGGGGUUUUGAAGUAAUAGAUACCAUCAAGUCUCAAAUGGAGAGUAUUUGCCCUGGAGUUGUUUCCUGUGCAGAUAUCCUAGCUGUUGCAGCCCGUGAUUCUGUUGUUGCAUUAGGCGGGCCUUCAUGGACAGUUCAGUUAGGCAGAAGGGACUCGACGACAGCAAGUUUUACAGCAGCGAACAGUGAAAUCCCCUCUCCGGGAAUGGACCUCAGCGAUCUUUUAGUUGGCUUCUCAAAUAAAGGAUUUAGUGCAGAAGAAAUGGUAGCUCUCUCAGGAGCUCAUACAACAGGCCAAGCCAGGUGCGUGAUCUUCAGGGAACGUAUCAAUAAGGAAGCCAACAUCAACUCAACAUUUGCAGCAUCAUUAAAAUCCAACUGUCCAAGCACUGGCGGGGAUGACAACCUUGCGCCCUUAGAUGCCACAACCCCUGUCAUCUUUGACAAUGCUUAUUUUAAGAACUUGGUGAAUAAAAAAGGCCUACUGCAUUCGGACCAACAACUCUUCAAUGGCGGCUCCACGGACUCUCAGGUCACCACUUAUAGCAACAACCCCGCAACUUUCAGAGCUGAUUUUGCCAACGCCAUGGUGAAGAUUGGAAACCUUAGCCCUCUCACGGGAAGCAGUGGCCAAAUCCGUGCUGAUUGCCGGAAAAUUAACUGAAAUUUCCUUUACAUUCAACAUGGUCCUGCAUGUUUACAGGAAAAGAAAUGCUUUGGCCGAUAGUUUAGCUACAUAUGGUGCUCUAGACAAUGCUUUUGUUGUCACUCUCCCUCUCAGCUAUCUAAGCACAGUUUGCACAAUUUUUAUAUUGGAUCGAGCUGGAAUCCAUUGCUUUCUAUAGUUGACCCUGAUUUUUCCUGUUGAUACCUAGCCUUAUAAGUAGUUUGGUUUGCUUUAUUCCCUUUGUAUCUUAGGAUAGUUUUAAAACUUGGCUUGAUCCUGCAAUGGUUAUAGUU